CAACCCCGAGAACUGAGCCUCUACUUUAGUCAAUCCUCUUUGGUGCAUGUGUAGAUGCAGUAACUAAACUCUAUUAAUAGAACUAUUCAUUUACGGUUAUGUUCCUGAUGCUAUCCUCGAAGAUCCACGAAGAUCCCUCAGGAAGCAUCAAAAAUAUCCGCUCAUCUAUUUUUACAUCGCCCAAGUGCAUGAGUGUUCAUCAGCAUUUUUAAUUUGUCAGAGUUUCUUUCUCGUUGGUUCGGCAUACCUAUUGUUGUCCAACUCCGCGGAAGUGUACUUCAUUCAAUUAUAGAUAAACCUAAAUUUUUCUAAAAUGGGUAGAAAAAAAUGCCAUCGAUCUAUUCACAAUUACGAUUCUUCACAAAAAAAAAAAAUACCACAGAUUAAACGUAAAGAAAUUAGUCAACAAUGUGAAAAUUUACUUAAAUUGUGUAGCGACCCCAUAUACACCACAAGAUUAUGGGAAAGUUACCUGGAGAUUUCAUCAAUUUUGGAAAAGAUUAAUCGCCUUGAAGAGAUGAGGAUGGCUACAACAACACCACGUGCAGAAGCGAUAAUGCAAUUUAUUGAAUGGUUGAAAAGUUACGGCGCAAUGAUUGAAGGUGUUAGCAUUGGUGAAUUUGCUGGAUUUGAUCUUGGAAUUAAAGCUGAGAAAGAUUAUCAUGCAAAUGAGCUAGUAUUGGAGAUUCCUAGAAAAGUAAUUUUCAGUAUCGAAACUGCUGCCCCAGAACUAUCUUCGAUUGCUAAUGACCCAAUAAUUCAGCAUAUGCCUCAGGUGGCUUUAGCUAUUGCACUGUUAGUGGAGAAGCACAGGGAAAACUCUAAAUGGAAGCCUUAUCUGAGUGUACUGCCUAGGACUUAUAAUACUGUGCUUUAUAUGAGCGCUCGUGAUAUGAUUGAGCUUAAAGGCAGUCCUACACUAGAGGUUGCGCUAAAACACUGCAGAAACAUCGCUCGUCAGUAUUCAUACUUCAACCAAAUGUUCCAAAGUAACGGUAGCAGUAAUCAUGUAUCUCAGAUUCUAAAAGACGUCUUCACCUACGAAGAAUACUGCUGGGCAGUUUCUACAGUCAUGACACGUCAAAAUAUAAUUCCCAGUGAACAUGCGGGAGAGAUGAUACAUGCUCUUAUUCCAAUGUGGGAUAUGUGUAAUCAUGAAGAAGGAGUGAUUACAACUGAUUUCAAUAUCAACUCGGAUAUGUGUGAAUGCUAUGUAAAACGUGAAUUUAAACAAGGAGAACAAAUAUUUAUAAACUAUGGAUCUCGAACAAAUUCCGAUUUUUUUGUUCACUCUGGAUUUGUUUAUCCAGAUAACAAGAAUGAUGGAUUCAAAUUACGUUUGGGUAUUAGCAAAUCAGAUCCACUGUUUCAAGACCGGAUGAAGCUACUGGAAAAACUCGAAUUUCCCGCUUCAAAUUUGUCGUUUUUACUUAAUACCACUAGUGAGCCUAUUUCCGAUCAAAUGCUGGCGUUCUUGAGAGUCUUCAGUAUGAGAAAAUUUGAAUUGGACCAUUGGCUAGAGUCUUCUAAAGUUUUGGAUUUAAAGCAUAGAGAUUGCGCCCUUGAUACUGUAGUCGAGACUAAUGUUCGAAAAUUUCUAUUAGCACGACUGAAACUACUCAUGGCAAAUUACCCGACUACUUUGGAGGAAGAUUUGAAGAUUCUCAAAACGAUGAUGCCACCAAUUGGAAAAAUGAUCGUGGAGCUUCGCGCAUCUGAAAAGAAAAUACUAAGUCAAGCAAUAGAUUACGUGGAGCAGUGGGUGAAGGCAUGACAGGUUUAAUUUGCGAAACUGCUGGGUGCUAUGAAUUUUCUGGAAAGAAUUGAGUUCAAUUGGAUUGCGAAAUCAAUAUCAAGAUUCCCAUAACUGCGGUACAUAACUUUUACUCAUACAAUAAUUUGUAAAUGAGCGCAACAUAAAUUGGAUAAUAAUAAAUCUUAAUGACAGUCUCUAA